AUGGUUGCUUUUCCUUCUUCAGUAGGCUUUCCCGCAGGUUCGGUUACAGAUAGGAUACGCGGGUCAAAGGGAAGGCUUGAGUUCAGAGACGAAGUUGGCUUUGAAGGGACAAACUUUCAGACAGUUCCUUACUUUCUAUUCUCUAAUCUCUCGCUUCCGACUCCUAUAUUGAAACUCUAA